AUGGCCAUGAUUUUUACAAUAGAUUCUAUUUAGGGCAAUAGCCACAUUGGAGUGCCAGUCUUUUCGCGAUCUGCCAAAAAGGCUAACUAUGAUUACAUAGUGUUUUCUCCUCCUAAAGGAGCAAGACUCCUAUUCAAUUAGCCGUAAAUAGAAAUAGACUCUAGUUAGUAGAUGAUCGAAAAUAAUUUAAAUCAACAAUAGAAACUGAACUAAAACAGACUGCUAUUAUCUGAACUGUCUCCAACAUCCUAAAAUGGCAAAACAGAAAAUAAUUAGAUAAAAAUAAAAGAGAAAAAAAAACUUGAAACAUUUAGAGAGCAAAGUAACAAUGAUACCUUAGGGAAAGGCUUUGGGGGUAAACUUGCACGAUUGAAAAUUUUGAAUAAGAAAAGAAGAAAUCUCAGUAAUCAAGGACCAUCAUUUGGCAAGAUGGUGUCUCGAGAGAAAUACUAAGAUGUCCAUGAGCUUAAAACAUUAAAGCCUAAAAACGGCAAUUAUCAUCCUAAAUUCGACCUCAUUGAAAAAAGAGUAGCUGCACCUCAAUAUGGAGAGGACUUUAAAAAAAGAGGAUCAGAGGCUAAGAAGGCAUUACAGAUAAGAACAGAUAAUUUUAAUAAGCAAGAAAUUUGCAGAAGAAUUAUGAAAGCAUUAGAAUCUGGGCGAACAAAUAAUAACUUGCUAAAUACUACUCAUGAAAGAUCUAAAUAUGAAACAAUAAGCACUAAACCCUAUGAAAAUUUAUCUUAAGGGGAUUCUCCCAAGAAGACUUUGUAGGCUCAUCAGUUUUCACAGCUGGUGAAGGAAUUAGAGUCCUCAUAAAUGUCCCAAAACUUCAAAUCAUUAAAUAAUAGUACUCAUCGAAAAAAUAAUUCAGUUCACACUUUGGAAUCAAAUAGAUUGAUGACUUAAAGAUCAAAGAAUAAAAGCUUGCAAUUUCAAUUCUACAAUCAACCACUUACCGAAGUAUUUUCUCUUGUCAAAGAAUAUCCAGAUACUUAAGUAAUCAAGAAUGAAUAGAAUAACUUCAAACUAGUUGAACCAAGAGUGACCACACGAGACAUAUUUAGAACAAUGCCUCGAAGGUCUUUUGUUUCUCCCAAUGAUCCCCCAAAUGAAAAUAGAUUUGAUCCACCAAUUGAGAUUCUCAAACAGUACUAAACUCUUAAUUAGUCAGUCUUAAGUACUUAAAGAAGAACGAAGGACUUUGACAUUGGCAAGGUUAGAUCCAGAGAUCAGUCACUCAUAUUAAAAGGUGGAAAUCAGAAUAAAGACAUUGCAGCUAAAAAUGAAGUCUUCUUCGAUAUUACUUAAAAAGAUAGACUACUUACAAAAAUCGAUACUAAGAUUAUAAAAUUUGAUAAACUUACUCAUAGAACCUAUCAAGGAAGUAUCUAUAACAAGGAAAAACUGCCAGAUUACUAUGACUCUAACUCUAUCGAGAAUGGAUAUAGGAGGACUUCAAAUUACACAACUCCUAAAGCCAUGUUUGAUAUGAGCAAAUAGCCUAAAAGAGAUCUUACUAAAAUAUAUAAAUAAAUGGGUGGAAUGUUUGAAAACAUUAAGAGGGAAAAUGAAAGAUAGGAUUACCUGAAAAGACUGAUUGAGGGUGAAAAAUCAGCAGAGAUUGAUAUAUCUAAGUAGCAAAAUUACAAAAAUUACUCCUCUUUGACUUCGAAUAACCCUAUAAAUGUCAAUCUAUAGUCUAGAUUCGAAGAGUAGAUUACCCCAGUUAAACUCAAUAGCCAAGAUAUUUAAAGCAACCAGGCCAAACUGAAUAAUUAAAUAAGAGGAGGCCCAUAAGACCGAAAGCUAAAAUAAUAAGCAAAUUAAAUGAAUAUUAGAAAUUAAGAACCGAAGAGUGGACACACUGGUAACCUAGGAGUAAGGAACAUUUAGAAGUUUGAGGUUGAUAAUGAAUAAAUAGACUAAAUAAUAAAUGAGGAUAUGAUAACCCCUGCUGACAGUAAAGACAGAUAAACUGAUUCCUCAACUAAUAAUGUUCAAAAUGAUAAUAUACACAGAAGAAUGCAUUCUGAUUACUCAAACACACCAAUAAAUGCCUACGAUGCAAAUGAGUAAAGAGAUUAAGCAUUAACUAAGAAAGUGAUUGAUUUGCUAGAAUCUGGACUGAACUACCUCAAUCAAGACAAAGUAGAAGACUCUUUAAGAGAAUUCAAAAUAGCAGAACAGCUUUUCAUUCAAUCGCGUUAGUAAAAUGGAGACGCUGAUACAAUAUAGUAAUUGGAUGAUAAUUACUUAUCAGUGCUUAAGUACAAUCUUUCUUGUUGUUUUUAAAGAAUGGGCCUAAUAGACUAAUGCAUAGCCUGUCUAUAAGAAGCCAUAGACGCAUUGGAUUAAUAGAUUAAAACAAUUAAGGAGAAAAAUAAUAUAUCUUUAACUGAAAAAUCGAUCUCUUAACAAUAAUUAUCUAUAAAUUCAAAUAUGAUGCCAACAUCAAUAGAUAAUAACCAGGACAUAGAGGCGAUAUUAGGAAAUCUCUUACAUAAAUAUAGAUAUCAAUGCAAAUUUCAUCUAUAGGUGUGUGCUGUCCUCUCAUAAAUGAACAAGCACGAUUAGGCCUAUGUUUAUGGAGAUAAAGCAGCAAAAUAUGCCAUAUUGCUAAUGCAUAAAGCAUUUGAGUUGUGCCAACUUUUUGUUUAAGAGAUAAACAAAAAGAGAGAAUAAAUGCAACAGAAAGUAAGAAGAAGUAGUGCUGUUUCUGGGGCUUAAUCCCUAGAUGAGGGAGACGACUAUUAGCCCUUGGCAUAAUCUUAAAAUCAAAAUCAUUUGCAAUUUAGUCCAUAUGGAAUGAAACAUAAUUCAGUGACUUAGAAUAACACUAAUAUGUCCUAAACAUCACUUCAGUAAAGAUCUAUUCAUUCUCAAGCGGCUUAAAUCCCUUAAUAAGUACAAGUAAAUAACUAUUUUGCCUCAUCAACUAGAAAUAACUCAGUAUGCAAUAGAAGCCAAGAUUCUUAGAGCAACACAAGAGUAAAUAUCCGAAGAGCUAGCAGCGCAGAUGGAUCUCUUGAAAGAAUCCAUACUUUUAACUUAAAGCUCUAAAAACUUCAAAACCAGAAAUCAGGUAUUACAUUAAAUCCACAGAUCACAAAUGUGAACGCUUAAAAUUCAGAAAAAAAUGUGAGCAAUAUUAAUGUAAGCAAAAUAAAUCUAAACUAAAACGAAAGCAACAGUAGGAAUAUUACCUAGCUAAAUGGCAAUUAAUAGUUCCACACUACAACUUCCGCUAACUCCUAAAGCGGUAAUUAACAUAAAGUAUACUAUGUGGAAGAGAAGACAAAGGUACUUGAGAAUAUUAUUAUCAAAGUCUAGCCUACUAUAAAUGAAUUUCAAAGAAUCAUUAAGGAGUUCGAGAUAGUAUAAGACACUAAAGAGCAUGAAAGACAAUCAAUGUUUGGAACAAAGAGAGAUAAACAGAAGCAUGCAUUGAAGAUUUCUUUCCAUGACGACACAGAGAUUAAUCUGAUCAAAUUCAAUCAUAAAUUCAAGUUGAAUGUCAGAAAUAUUCUUGGAAUUAAGCACUAAGAUGACUGGAUUUUUAAUCUAAACAUAGGAAAUGUAAUGCAUCUAACACCAAUGAACACUGACGAGUUAGCAGCAAAGCUUGAUAGAACUCAUGAGCUCAAUAAAGAUGCCAUGCUCGAGAAGAUAAUACUAUUUGUGGUAUCAUUCUUUUGUGUUGGGACUGAAUUGAGAUUUCUUAGUCAAAAAGAAGGAAGUGGAGUUUCAAAGAAAGAUUCAGAAAUGUGGCAUGCUAAAGCACUACAUACAUCCUGUUUGUUUUUACCAGAGGAAUGUCCUUUGGUAAAUCAUAUCAUUAACUCUUACAAGAAACAUCACUUAAACCCAAAGGCAGAGUAGUUGAAAUAAAAAAAGUAAGAUGAAGAGUAAAGAAGAAAAAGAGACACAGAGGAAUAAAACUCAAAGGAACAGUCCUUAGGCUUAGGCGGGUUUUCAACUAUCUAGGGAACAAGCAAACAGUCCUAGGAAGGAAAUAAUUCCUAAAGUAUUGGAGAUGAUCAUGAAGCUAUGAAAGAAAUUAAAUAAUAGAUUGAGAAUUUCCUUUAAAAAUCAAAGAAAUCUUCAGGUUAAAAUACCAAGGCUAACAUUUCAAAAAUCACUUCAAAUAGUGGUUAGCAGAGUGCUAGACCAUUUAGUCAUAAUAAUAUGGCAUAAAUCAAUAAAAAUCUACAUAUUGAACCCAAAGAUGAUGAGAUAAAUGAAAGAAGGAAAAGCAAUCUCAUUAAUGGGCCCACAAAUAAUAGCAGAAAUUAACAAAUCAAGCAUAAUAACACUACUUUGUAGAAUAAUCACUAGCAAGCAGCAAAUCAUUAACUCCUAAUAUCUACUAAUAGUGUUAAAAAUUUAGGACCUUAAAACUAGAAGAAUAUAGUUAAUCUAUAAUCAAUGAAUCCUCAAUUAUUUCAAACUAUGUAGACAAGCACUGCUCAUCCUAGAAAGAAUUAAUCGCCUUAAAAUGUUUUUAAUGAUUCGAUAGGAAGCUCAGUUGAGUCUAAGCCUAUAGCUAGAUAAACUUAAAAAAGACUAUCUACUAAUUUUCAUUCUUCAAAUCAAGAGCAUCUUCAAAAAACAGCUAAGGGUGAUUAGAAAUUAAUAAUGAAUACAGAUUAGCUCUAAACAGAGAAGCAAUUUAGAAGAAUGACAGGAUACUCACCUGACAAUAUCACUCAAAAAUAAUUCUAGUUUUAAUUCUAGGUUUAACAUCCAAAUCUGAUGACUAAUUAAUAGCAGUAGACAUCAUAAAUGGGGUCUUAAAACUCAUCUAUAAUUUCUGGAGUUAAAUCAAGGCCUCUUUCCCCAAGAAAUGCAAUUCUAAUGGGAUUAAAUAAUCAAAUGAAUCGAUAAAACAGUGGGAAUAGAGCCUAAAACAAAUCACCCACUAAUUAUAUAGCAGCAACUCAAUAGUAAAAUCAAAAUCUACAAAAGAUAAGUUCCUAGAUAAUCGAAUAAAUUCUCAAGAAGACGUCUCCUCUUGAGUAAGCAAUAAAGCCAAAUUAAAGUACAUAUGGUCCUAGCAAUAAUGGAUAUGCAAUUAAUCAACCAUAAGGAAUACUUAUUCCUGGGCCAAAGAAAAUUUUAGUCUUUCCUAAUAAAAAGAAGUUCCCCUUAGCUUCUAUGGGUGGUCAGACUGCCGUAGUAUUAAAUAAUGAUUAGAGGUCCCCGAAAGGUUAUUCUAUGGAUAAAAAACUUAAAAUGUCUGGCUUUCAUGGGAUGACUUUAAAUACUAGUAAAUCCUAAAGAAGUCUUGGCUCAUCCAAGAAUAGAGGAAACACUCCAGUCAAUAAUAAUAAAAAGUCCUAGCUCUUAGUAGGAGCUAACCAGAUAUAAAUGCAUUAUCAAACCAACCAAUCAAGAAAUCUAGAGCAAGAUGGAGAAGAUAAUAUAGGUGGUUUGACAAAGUAUAAGAGCCUAGAAAAUUUUCCAAUAGAUGAAAUAUUGUCUGAAUUGACAAAGUAACAAUAAAAAUUGAAGAUCAAAACUUCUCAUAGUAAUCUAGGUAGCAAUGAAAGACCAUCUGUAGUACAUGGUUCAUCUAUUCUGAAGUAAAAUAAUAAUAAUAAAGUAAAGAGCGCAGUAAUGAAUGGUAUCUAGCAGAGUUAGAAUAUGACUUACUCUCAGAGAAUGGGAUCACCUGUAAAUCAUGCUCUUCAAUAUAGCUUACUCAAUAAUCAGCAAUAGUAGCAAUAAAGCAUGAUGCUACAUUAAUAGCAUUAAAAUCACCAGUAAUAGCAGCAACAGGUCCUUAAUUAUAAUUUCUAAAACAUAAACUUCAUUAAUAAUGUCAAUAUCUUUGAAGAUAAAAAGAAGGGUGAAUUGAAUUCUACAGGAGGAAGUCUGAAUAAAAUGGCAGGCACUAGUGAAUUUAUCAAUGGGAACUAAAUCUUAACUUCUCAACCCAGUUCUACUAAAAAUUCUCAGGCUAUGAAACUAUCUGGUCCCAGAAAAUCUUAAGGCUCUCAAAUAUCAAAGGUAUGA